AUGACUGACCCAGACAACAUUCCAAUCUUUAACAUGUCACCACCGCAAGUCGUCUCAUCAUCCAACAGCGAUAUCAAUAAAGUGAGGCUUCAAUUCCCAAUGAACCAUCAACAUUUCGAACCAUGUUCAUCAUUGGAUCCUUCUCAUUCCUUCACAAGGCCAAGAAUUCCUGACAACGAGCAUUCCAUUGAUUUGAUGGACCCUCCUUCAAGGAUGAAUCAUCCUCCAUCAAACAAUCAAGCUGCCAUCAUUUUCUUCAAGACCCGUCUUUGUACCAAGUUCAUGUCUCGUAGCUGCAUAAAAGGUGAAAAUUGUACCUAUGCUCAUGCGAAAGAAGAGUUAAGGCAGCCACCACCAAACUGGAAGGAGCUCCAGCGGCUGCAUUUGGGCGGGAAUAGGUAUACUUCUAAGUUUAUGAACGACAUUUUCUUCAAGACCCGUCUUUGUGCUAACUUCGUGUUUCGUAGCUGCAUAAACAGUGAAAAUUGUAGCUAUGCUCAUGGGAAAGAAGAGUUAAGGCAGCCACCACCAAACUGGCAGGAGCUCCAAUGGCAGCAGUUGGGCGGGAAUAGGGAUACUGCUAAGUUUAUGAACGAUUCUUGGAAAAAAAGAGAGUCCGCUGCAAUCACCAUUAGAACUAUUGGUAAUAAUUUGGAAGGCAGUAAGACUGUGACCAAGCCACCUAGGGGUACUUAUUGGAAGACUAAGAUCUGUCCCAAGUCGAAGCAUACCCGAAGCUGUACCUAUGGUGAUGACUGUAACUUUGCUCAUGGAGAUGCAGAGUUACAAGUUCCUGGUGGAGGAGGCAUUGAAGCUGAAGCUGCAGUUACUAUGACAAAUUCAACAAAAGCUGUCACUCCAACUUUAAGAACAACACGUUCUUCUGCCAAAUAUGCACCUACAUUACCAGCAAGAGUAUCUGCGAUGACGGAAGAGGAGAAGAAGGUAAAGAAGGAAUUACUUUGGAAGAAAUUAAACAAGAUCAACCGUAUAUAUGGCGAUUGGAUUGAUGAUUUAUCUCCCGAACGUCCUGAUUUGCCAAGGGAGCCCUGAGUUGAAUUCAGUGCUCUUUGAAACAGCCCACAUGGUCAAUGGCGAUGGUGAUCAAUUCGUAUAAUUAUCUUUUAAUGGUUCUUUUGCCAGGUAAUUAGUACAUUUUUAUGGUCACAUACGCGUGCAUUUGUUAGUUUUUGAUGGGUGUUUCGAUGAAUUCAACAACUUU